AGUCUUGCUGACACACAGGCAUAUUCAUGCACCGGAGAUCCUCGAUGUGGGGGUGUCAGAUAAGGAGAAGGAGGUGCGUCAGAUUGCCAGAAUGGAUGACAGUGAGGAGGAUGAGUUGAGUGAUGAGGAGAUUGAACGGCGAAGGCAGAUGCUACGUGAGAAGGUUCUGAACCACAAAGAGGACGAGGAGGUGGAGGUACUGGACAAAGAGGAGGAAGGCCACUCACCAGAUGAGAGUGCAUCAGAGUCGUCAGAAUAUGAGGAGUACAGUGACUCUGAAGAGGAAGCGGGUCCACGUUUGAAACCCGUGUUUGUUAGGAAGAAGGACAGAGUCACAGUGAUGGAGAAAGAGCGAGAGGCAGUGCGUCAGAAGCAGGCCGAGAUAGAGGCAAAGAAAAUGGCAGAGGAGCGCCGCAAGUACACACUAAAGGUACCUAAAUUCUACAGGUAUUGCAUGAAACUGUCUUACCUGUGUAAAUCUGAUCUUGUAAAAACUGGCAGUGUAGCUACCUCACAAGAAUGACAUUACUAUAAUGUAUGUAGCGCAGAUGAUGAAUCUGUGAGGGCUCUUCAUUAUCACUGAUGUAGGUUGGUACGUCGUUAUAAAUGGAUUCUAUUUUCAGCGUACAGUGGGAGCCAAGAUCAUCGUACUGAAGGACUCUAAAUGCACAGAACUUCUGUUGCAUAGGCUGCCUACUGAGCUGUGAUAUACCCUCAGAGUUGUAGACAAUGUACAGUUUGUUAGCAACUUUGGAAAUUAAGGGGGUUCUGUGGGCCACUGUGCCAUGCAGUAAUUCUUUUGCUCUUGGUCUCAGACUUAUGUCUUGAAAAUACUGUCCCCAUUUUGUAGAUCUUAAGGACUUCCUGAACUACCUAAAUAGUAUCCACCAGUGCAUUCAGUUCACAAUGGGGACUGAAAUUGAGACCCAACGGUUCUCUGGACCACAGAGUGUACCGCAAAUCCACCAAUACAAACCUCUACCUUAACGCUGCGUCACACCACCAAUCAUCCAACAAGCAAGCGGUACUUUCCACAUUGGUGCACAGGGCUAGAGCUCUAUGCGGUCAAGACAACCUACAUGCAGAGUUGGUACUCCUGGGCGACGUUUUCAGGCAGAACGGUUACAACAACCGGUAGAUCCGCAGAGUUGUCAACCGUCAUCCGAACAUCAGUCGGCUGGACUAUAAACAGGACUCAGUAGCCUACCUGCCUUAUGUCGGGACUAUAUUCAACCGUAUUAGCAAAUUUCUGUCCCGACACAACAUCAAAUCAAUGGCCCUGCCUCCAAAGAAAUGAUCUAGUUUCCUCCGGCCGGUCAGAGAUAGCCUGGGACUAAGGACACCGGGUGUAUACAGUAUCCCAUGCGAGUGCGGCAAGAUCUAUAUUAGGCGACAGGCCGUUCUGUGGGCACGAGGUUGAAGGAGCAUCAGCGGCACAUCCGUCUCGAACAUCCAGACAAGUCAGAUGUUGCUGAACAUAGCAUCGAUUUGGGACACCGCAUUCAGCUUCAGAAUACCUCCAUCCUCGCCACCUAGACCCGUUAUAUGGAUCGCAUGAUUAGGGAAGCCACUGAGAUUGAACUCCAUCCCAACAAUAUGAACAGAGAGGUGGGGAUUUGUCUCAGAAAGUCAUGGAAGCCUCUCAUCUGUUCCUUCAACUAACCUCCGAAAUACGGCAGACCUGUAGGCCACACAAGUCCAUCGCUGCCCCCCGAGCUACAGAGUUAAUGUAUCAAUUUAAUCUUCCCUUCUCUCCUCCUAACACCUACUCUAUACCAGCUCUGGUGCACUACCUGCUGGCCAUUCCACCAGACCUUUCCUCUCCCCCUCUCUACUAUUUGCCUAUGUAGCCAC